ACGGAAACCACAAAACCGGAAAGGAAACGGAAAAUCUAAACACGUUGAUUGAACUACUAUAUAAUUAACCGCGAUCUGCGAAGAAGAAAGUGAAAGCGCGAACCCAGAAACUCCUCUCGCUAAAGCUUUUUGCUUCCAUCGAAAGAACUAAGAAUGUCAGGAGAAGAGGAAGAGAAUGCCGCCGAGCUCAAAAUUGGAGAUGAGUUUCUAAAGGCGAAAUGUUUGAUGAAUUGUGAAGUUUCUUUGAUCCUUGAGCACAAGUAUGAGCAGCUUCAGCAGAUGUCAGAGGACGCCACAAAUCAGAUGUCCCAGGUGUUUGAGAAAUCACUGCAGUAUGUAAAGCGCUUUAGUCGGUACAAAAAUCCUGAUGCCGUCAGACAAGUGCGAGAGUAUCCUUGAGAGAUCAGUAUACAUGUUAAUUGCUACUAUCAUUACGCAGGCUACUUAUGAUGUGCUUUCAGAAUCCUAAGCCGGUACCAGUUGGCCGAAUUUGAGCUCUGUGUUCUUGGUAAUCUUUGUCCUGAAACUGUGGAGGAAGCGAUAACAAUGGUGCCAUCUCUCAAGUCAAAGGACCGGUCGCUCAAUGACGACGCGAUCGACAAAAUGUUGAACGACUUGUCGUUGAUCAAGAAGUUCGAGUAGAAAGAGUGCGUGCUUCUUCUUUGCUCGUGAAGUCCAGUACGGAUGUUUUUUUUCCUACACGUGAAGCUGACUUGAAAGGAGUGGUGCAAAAUUGUUGCAGCUGAGAAUUGGCCAGAGUUGGAAAACGAGCGUUGCUGCUUCUUUUUCCUUUUUGUUGUACAAAUCACUCAUUCAGAAACUGUUUCGUUUGUAUGUGGAAUUGUUCUCGUGAGCUGGUUCACUGCUUAGAGUUAGAGGAAUGAAAUCACACUUUUCCCUGACUAUUACAAAAGGUUUUAUGCAUGAUGCAUUUCCUUGAGUAUUAAGAUUGGAUUACUGAUACUCAUAACAGGAGUUUCCAG